CGCGGCGUCGGUGCCCUUGACCAUGGCAGCGGCCGCGCUCCUGCUGGGACUGGCACUGGCGCUGCUGGCACCGCGGGCGGCCGGCGCGGGCAUGGGCUCGUGCUACGACGGCGCGGGGCGCCCGCAGCGCUGCCUGCCGGUGUUCGAGAACGCGGCGUUCGGCCGGCGCGUCGAGGCCUCGCACACGUGCGGCAACCCGCCCGAGGACUUCUGCCCCCACGUGGGCGCCGCGGGCGCGGGGACGCAGUGCCAGCGCUGCGACGCCGCCGACCCCCAGCGCCACCACAACGCCUCCUACCUCACCGACUUCCACAGCGAGGACGAAAGCACCUGGUGGCAGAGCCCGUCCAUGGCCUUCGGCGUGCAGUACCCCAACUCGGUCAACAUCACCCUCAACCUGGGGAAGGCUUACGAGAUCACCUACGUGAGGCUGAAGUUCCACACCAGUCGCCCCGAGAGCUUCGCCAUCUACAAGCGCAGCCGAGCGGACAGCCCGUGGGAGCCCUACCAGUUCUACAGCGCCUCGUGCCAGAAGACCUACAGCCGGCCCGAGGGCCAGUACCUGCGCCCCGGCGAGGACGAGCGUGUGGCCUUCUGCACCUCCGAGUUCAGUGACAUCUCCCCGCUGAGUGGGGGCAACGUGGCCUUCUCCACCCUGGAGGGCCGGCCCGGCGCCUACAACUUCGAAGAGAGCCCUGGGCUGCAGGAGUGGGUCACCAGCACUGAGCUCCUCAUCUCUCUCAACCGGCUCAACACAUUUGGGGACGACAUCUUCAAGGACCCCAGGGUGCUCCAGUCCUACUACUAUGCCGUGUCCGACUUCUCUGUGGGCGGCAGGUGCAAGUGCAACGGGCAUGCCAGCAAGUGUAGCCCCGACGCCGCGGGCCAGCUGGCCUGCCAGUGCCAGCACAACACCACCGGCACGGACUGUGAGCGCUGCCUGCCCUUCUUCCAGGACCGCCCGUGGGCCCGGGGCACCGCUGAGGCCGCCCACGAGUGUCUGCCCUGCAACUGUAGCGGCCGCUCAGAGGAAUGCACAUUUGAUCGGGAGCUUUUCCGAAGCACGGGCCACGGCGGGCGCUGUCACCACUGCCGUGACCACACGGCUGGGCCACACUGUGAACGCUGCCAGGAGAAUUUCUAUCACUGGGACCCUCGGAUGCCAUGCCAGCCCUGCGACUGCCACUCAGCAGGCUCUCUACACCUCCAGUGUGAUGACACAGGCACCUGCGCCUGCAAGCCCUCUGUGACCGGCUGGAAGUGUGACCGCUGUCUGCCCGGGUUCCACUCGAUCAGCGAGGGUGGCUGCAGACCCUGCACCUGCAAUCCCGCUGGCAGCCUCGACACCUGUGACCCCCACAGUGGCCGCUGCCCCUGCAAAGAGAAUGUGGAAGGCAACCUGUGUGACAGAUGUCGCCCUGGGACCUUUAGCCUGCAGCCCCACAACCCGGCCGGCUGCAGCAGCUGCUUCUGCUACGGCCACUCCAAGGUGUGCACGGCCGCUGCCCAGUUCCAGGUGCAUCACAUCCUCACCGAUUUCCACCAGGGAGCCGAAGGCUGGCGGGCCAGAAGUGGGGGGAGCUCCGAGCAACCCCCGCAAUGGAGCCCGAGCGGGGUCUUCCUGAGCCCAGAAGAUGAGGAGGAGCUCACAGCGCCAGAUAAGUUCCUGGGAGACCAGCGGUUCAGCUAUGGGCAGACCCUCAUCCUGACCUUCCAGGUGCCCCCUGGGGGCUCCCCACUCCCUGUGCAGCUGAGGCUGGAAGGGGCGGGCUUGGCCCUGUCCCUGAGGCACUCUAGCCCCUCCGGCCCCCAGGAUGCCGGGCACCCCAGGGAGGUGGAGCUCAGGUUCCACCUGCAGGAGACCUCCGAGGACGUGACCCCUCCACUGCCCCCCUUCCACUUCCAGCGGCUCCUCGCCAACCUCACCAGCCUUCGCCUCCGCGUCAGCCCCGGCCCUAACCCUACCGGCCAAGUGUUCUUGACUGAGGUCCGGCUCACAUCCGCCCGGCGGGGGCUUUCCCCGCCAGCCUCCUGGGUGGAGACUUGUUCGUGUCCCAACGGCUACACGGGCCAGUUCUGUGAAUCGUGUGCUCCAGGGUACAAGAGAGAGACACCACGAGGGGGUCCCUAUGCCAGCUGUGUCCCCUGCACCUGUAACCAGCAUGGCACCUGUGACCCCAACACAGGGAUCUGCGUGUGUGGCCACCACACCGAGGGCCCGUCCUGUGAGCGCUGCUUGCCAGGUUUCUAUGGCAACCCCUUUGCAGGCCAAGCCGACGACUGCCGGCCCUGUCCCUGCCCUGGCGGGUCGGCCUGCACAACCAUCCCGGAGAGCGGGGAGGUGGUGUGCACCCACUGCCCCCCGGGACAGAGAGGGCGGCGCUGUGAGGUCUGUGACGAUGGCUUUUUUGGGGACCCGCUGGGGCUCUCUGGGGCCCCCCAGCCCUGCCACCAGUGCCAGUGCAGCGGGAAUGCGGACCCCAAUGCCGUGGGCAACUGUGACCCCCUGUCUGGCCACUGCCUUCGCUGCCUGCACAACACCACAGGUGACCACUGUGAGCACUGUCAGGAAGGCUUUUACGGGAGCGCCCUGGCCCCUCGGCCCACAGACAAAUGCACACCCUGCAGCUGCCACCCACAGGGCUCGGUCAGUGAGCAGAUACCCUGCGACCCCAUGACCGGCCAGUGCUCCUGCCUGCCUCACGUGACGGGACGAGACUGCAGCCGCUGCUACACUGGCUUCUUUGACCUCCAGGCUGGGAGGGGCUGCCGGAGCUGCAAGUGUCACCCACUGGGCUCCCAAGAGGAUCAGUGCCAUCCCAAGACUGGCCAGUGCACCUGCCGCCCAGGCGUCACAGGCCAGGCCUGUGACAGAUGCCAGCUGGGUUUCUUUGGCUUCUCCAUCAAGGGCUGCCGGGCCUGCAGGUGCUCCCCGCUGGGCGCCGCCUCAGCCCAGUGCCGGGAGAAUGGCACGUGCGUGUGCAGGCCUGGCUUUGAGGGCUACAAAUGCGACCGCUGCCACGACAACUUCUUCCUUACGGCCGACGGCACACACUGCCAGGAGUGCCCGUCCUGCUACGCCCUGGUGAAGGAGGAGGCAGCCAAGCUGAAGGUCAGACUGACUUUGAUGGAGGGGUGGCUGCAAGGGUCCAACUGCGGCAGUCCCUGGGGACCACUAGACAUUCUGCAGGGAGAGGCCCCAAGGGGGGAUGUCUACCAGAGCCCCCACCUGCUGCCAGGGGCUCGGGAAGCCUUCCAGGAGCAGAUGAUAGGCCUUGAGGGUGCUGUGAAGACUGCUCGGGAGCAGCUGCAGAGGCUGAGUAAGGGUGCCCGCUGUGCCCAGGCUGGAGCCCAGAAGACCUGCACCCAGCUGUCAGACCUGGAGGCAGUGCUGGCGUCCUCAGAAGAGGAGAUUCUGCACGCAGCUGCUGUUCUUACGUCUCUGGAGAUUCCUCAGGAAGGGCCUGGCCAGCCCAGCAACUGGAGCCACCCGGCCACAGAGGCCCGUGCCCUCGCCAGGAGCCACAGAGACGCCGCUGCCAAGAUCGCAGCCACUGCUCAGAGGGCCCUGCUCGCCUCCAACACCAGCUACAUGCUUCUCCAGAGUCUGCUGGAGGGAAGGGUGGCCCUGGAGACCCAGCGGGACCUGGAGGACAGGUACCAGGAGGUCCAGGCAGCCCAGGAAGCAUUGGGCAUGGCUGUGGCAGAGGUGCUGCCUGAAGCGGAAAGCGUGCUGGCCACCGUACAGCAAGUUGGCGCAGAUACAGCCCCUCACCUGGCCUCACUGGCUGCCCUGGGAGCCCUGCUGCACCAGGAGGCCAGAGCCGCCCUGACCCAGGCUUCCUCGUCAGUCCGGGCUGCCACAGUGACCGUCAUGGGGGCCAGGACUCUGCUGGCCGACCUGGAAGGAAUGAAGCUGCAGUUUCCUCGGCCCAAGGACCAGGCGGCUCUGCAGAGGAAGGCAGACUCCGUCAGGGACAGGCUGCUUGCAGACACAAGAAAGAAGACCAAGCAGGCGGAGAGGAUGCUGGGAAACGCGGCCCCUCUUUCCUCCAGUGCCAAGAAGAAGGGCAGGGAAGCAGAAGUGUUGGCCAAGGACAAUGCCAAGCUCGCCAAGGCCUUGCUGAGGGAGGGGAAACAGGGGCACCGCCGUGCCAGCCGGCUCACCAGCCAGACGCAAGCCAUGCUCCAGCAGGCAUCCCGGCAGGUUCUGGUGUCCGAAGCACGCAGACAGGAGCUGGAGGAAGCUGAACGGGUGGGUGCUGGGCUGAGCGAGAUGGAGCAGCAGAUCCAGGAAUCACGCAUCUCCCUGGAGAAGGACAUUGAGGCCCUGUCAGAGCUGCUUGCCAGGCUGGGGUCACUGGAUGCCCAUCAAGCCCCAGCCCAGGCCCUGAACGAGACUCAGUUGGCACUGGAACGCUUGAGGCUGCAGCUGGGCUCCCAGGGGGGCCUGCAGAGGAAACUGAGGCUGUUGGAGCAGGAAUCCGAGCAGCAGGAGCUGCAGAUCCAGGAGUUUGAGAGCGGCCUCGCCGAGAUCCGUGCCGACAAACAGAACCUGGAGGCCAUUCUGCACAGCCUGCCCGAGAACUGUGCCAGUUGGCAGUGAGGGCUGCCCAGACCCCCGGCACACUCCCCACCUGCUGUUUACAUGACCGGGGUGUGGACACUACCCCACAGGUGUGCCCAUACUGGCGCACCCUGGAGCUGGCUGCUGUGGACUCGAUCCCAAGCGAAUAGUCACACUCCCUGCUGAGUCUGUCUGUGGCUUCUUCCCUGCCAGAGGACUGAGUGUACGCAGUCAAUUCACCUGGGCAUCGGUGCACACUCCCACCCCUGCACAUGCAUAAAUAGGCACACCCCGGCGUCAAUAACACAUACACACGUGAGGGUGCAUGUCUGUGCGUAUGACCCACACGUUCAAGUCCAGUCCAUCCAGUCCACAGCUUACUGUCCACACACUACAGUCUGCAGCUGUUGGGAGAGCCACCUGUGCGCUAGGCUGGAUGCUGGGCAGCUUGUUACAGGAGAUACCCUGGGGUGCCAACAUCCAUUCACUCCAGACCACAGGGAGAUCUCAGCAGAUCUGCAGAGAUCAAGCUGUCAGCAAGAGCCGAAGCCCCUAGUCCCAGAGCUGGCUGCGCUGUUUCACGACAGCUGCCCGACCUCCGGCCCUGCGUGCACACCCCGCAGCUCCACACAGCCAGCAGACCAACAGGCCAAGAAAUGCAAGAUUCUGGGAGGAUUCUCAGCAGUGGAACCUGAGACCCGGAGAGCCCUGAGGGCAUGGCCAGGCCUGCUAGUCUGGCUAGAGCAAGGCCCGCUCCUGGUGGGGGUGUCACGGGCUUCACCGGAUGCUUCCUUCUCGGGUUCCCCGGACUGCACCAGACGCCCUGAGGGAAUGGCCCACACUGGCCUGUACUCACUUUGGCCUGUUAUCGAUCCCAAGAGCCAGCCCAAGAGCACCUGGGUCAGGGGGCCCAGGCCAUCAGGAGCGCCCCUUUGUGCCCCCAGCAACCCAGCUGACCUUUAACUGAUGCUUCCCAAACCAGCCCUGCAACAGCACUUGCCAUGCAGGAGGUCGCAAGGGUGUGGAAGCCUGGCUGCCAUUACAGUCUGUCCUGCCUGGGAAUCGCCCUGUGGCCAGGCCCUCGAGCCCAGGACUCCUCGGCAUUUCCUCUUGGCACCCCUCCCCUCUUCCGGGCCCUCUUCCAGCAGACCGCAAGGCCUUGGCAUUGGGAAGACAGACGCCUCUGCGGGCCCAGCCCCUACCCACGGCUUUCCUGACAGGGGCAGGGGUAGGGCAGCAGCACAAACUGAUUCUGUUUAACGUGGAAAUAAAGGACCCUUUUACUGGGCA